AUGCGCGACGACGACGAAAAAGCCCAACCAAAAAGCCCAACAUUUUGCUUUGCCACCAAGCGCCGCGGAGCUUUUCCGCCACGUCCGCGACCGAUCGUUUUCCUGCCGCCCGAGCGCAACUACGCGGCGCGGGGCUUGGGGCUGCUCGGCGGCGACCCGGCGAGCGCGGCGGACAUCGAGGACUGCGGUGCGGUCACCGGGCGCGUGCACAGCAUCGAUACUUUCACCGCGGUCGAUGGACACGGAAUACGAUGCAUCGUGUUCCUUCAAGGGUGUGAAAAACGAUGCGCGUUUUGCUGCAACGUCGAUUCGACGCACGCCGCGCUCGCGAAGACGCCGAAUCCCGGGCGCACGAUGUCGGUGAACGAUAUAGUCGAAAUUUUGAAGCGAAAUCGCAAGUAUUACGCGAGCUCGGAGGGAGGUGGGCUAACGCUUUCCGGGGGCGAAUGCCUGUUGCAACCGGCGUUCGUGGAGGCGGUGGCGAUCAAGACGCACGAGAUCGGCUUGACGGUGGCGAUCGACACCGCCGCCAGUGGGGACGCGGAGACGUGGAAUCGCGUGUUGCCGCACGUUGACGUGGUGCUGUUGUGCGUGAAGAGCUCGAGUUUGGAAAAAUACAAAGCCAUCACCGGUACGACGGAACGCGAGUACGAGACAAUGCGCGCGUUUCUGAAAGAAUUGAAUCGCCGCCGUGUGAAAACUUGGUUGCGAUUCGUGCUCAUGAGCGAUCCGGAUUCUCGAUUCGUCGACUUUCGAACGAACGACGAAAACGAGCUCCGCGGUCUGGCGGAGCUCGCGAAAACACACGAGUGUGUUGAGGGAAUUGAGCUUUUGCCCUAUCACAGAUUCGGCGAGUUUAAGUUCAGCGAGCUCGGUCUCGAGUACAAGCUCGAGGGCAUGCGGACGCCCGACGCUGAAGAAAUUCACGCGGCGCAGACGUUUUUGCAAUCUCAAGGCGUGACGGUGAUUUGCUGA